AGUAGAAGUACCAAUUGCCAAAUUCUGUGAGAAAACAAAACCUUCAAAAAAUAGAACUGUGGGAGGCCCCGUUUGGAUCCGACGGAAAUAAAAACCCCCGAUUGGCCAAUCUCCGUUUUCAAUUCUUCUUUUCUCUCUCUCUCUCUCUCUCUCUCUCUCUCUCUCUAUUCUUCCCACAUACCUCCUCACCCACCACCUCCGACCCGUUUAAAUCUCCGUCGCCGCCGCGGCGGAAAAUCAAAAAAAAAAGGAAGGAAGGAAGAAAAAUGAUCCAGUUACUAUUCGCCUUGAUUUUCACGGAGAUGGCGCUGAUCGUGGUGUUCGUGUUCAAAACUCCGGUGAGAAAGCUGGUGAUUAUGGGGCUGGAUCGGGUGAAGCGCGGCCGUGGACCAAUUGUGGUGAAGACGGUGGCGGGGACAGUGUUUGUGGUGAUGAUGGCGACCGUGUACAAUGUGGUGAAGAUCCAGAGGCGUUGGAUCCAAGAUGUAGAAGUCAACCCUACCGAUCAGGUUCUCCUUGCUAAGCACCUUCUCGAAGCUUCUCUCAUGGGAUUUUCUCUAUUCCUUGCACUGAUGAUUGACAGACUGCAUCACUAUAUCCGAGAACUGCGGAUUCGGAGGAAGAAUAUGGAAGCUGUGAAGAAACAGAACCGAAUAUUCGAGGAUGGUAAGCCUCUUGAAAUCAAGCUGUUGGAGGAAGAGAAGAUUUCGCUACGUGGGAGGAUUAAGCAACUCGAGGCUCAGCUUGAAGAUAAGACGACUUCACUGCACGACAGGAUUAACCAGCUCGGUACUCAGCUUGAAGAAAAGACUAAAGAAGCAAGCAGUUCAGAAACCAAUGCAAUCGCUCUAAAAAAACAAUCGGAAGGGUUUCUUCUUGAAUAUGACAGGUUGCUAGAAGAAAACCAGCACCUCAGAAGCCAAUUGCAAACACUAGAUCGGAAAUUAUCAUACUCCGAUAGCAAGAAAGUUACGUAAGAGGGGAACUCUUAUAGUUUGUUUUUUUAAUAGUUCUGGAGUUGUGUUUUUUGUAGUUACACCAUAGUAGUUUCGAGGAUAACCAUCCGUUUUUCGGAGAGAAAAAAAAAAUUAGAAAAAUGAAAUUCGAUUCUGUUCGCUUUUCUAACUCA